AUGUUUUACUAUACGUUAGCAAAUUUUGGUCCUAAGUAUCGGUCAAAGCUAGCCGCAGUUUGCCUCCUUGCAAUUGUCAAUGCCAAGUAUGUUAAGAAGUAUGGUAUUGAACAUAUCCUAGAACCAAUAAUUAAGGACAUCAACAUCCUUCAUGGUGGUAGUAUCAUGACAGUAAAUGGAAUUGAAAAAAUUGUGUUUGGCAAAGUAUUGGUAUGCGCUGGAGAUACUUUGGGACAACAUUUGUGGGGUGGGUAUAAGGAAGGUGUAGGAUUUUCUAUACACAAAUGUAGAACCUGUUACUGUUUAUUUCUAAAAAUGCAACAGGAAUUCCUUGAAGAAGCUCUUGUGUUACGUACACAGGUUAGAUACAACAAAGAAUGUGAAGAAAUCGAAAACGCUCCAACCGACGCAGUGAGAAGUGACUUGUGCACCACAUAUGGUAUUAACAAGCGGAGUGCAUUGUGCGAUCUUCCAGUUUUGAUGUCACAAGACAACUUCCCCAGGAUGUUAUGCAUACUCUGUUGGAGGGAACAGUGCAGUAUGAAGUUAGAUUGGUCCUCCUUCACUUCAUCCAGACAAGUGAACUAUAAACGCUUCAACAAAUCAAUGGUGUGAUCAAUAAUCACAACUAUGGAUAUAGCGAAAACAGAGCGACAAACCUGGGCCGAUUAGGCAAUCUGUGUCUCAACCUGAAGAAAGUUACAAAGUAAAGUACAGUGCAUCCCAGACUAGAUUGUCUGUGUAUUCCUGGUAGAGGUUAUUCAGAUUGUGAAUAUAGUGUUUGCUCCAGUUAUUAACGACGAAACUGUUACGUUCUUGCGAGAGCUGAUAGCAAAACACCUUGCAAAGUUUAAGGAGCUUUUCCCCGACAAGAAUAUCAUUCCAAAGCAGCAUUAUCUCUUGCACAUUCCUGGUAUGAUACGACUACUUGGACCUGUGACGCAUACGUCAUGUUUGUUCAUUUGAAUCAGCACAUAGAUACUUUAAGGAGUUGGGAAGGAAGCAAAACUUCAAAAACUUCCUUUAUCACUAGCAAAGAGACAUCAAAUGUUCGAGUGUUGCAAUUUUGGCGAUUCAUCGAAGAAUCUGAGCUCCCAUCCAUUGUUUGCUACAGAUAAAAGAUGUGGUGUAGUGACGAAAGCUAGCACAGACCAGGUAAAGUCUUUGCAGGAAAAAUUCAAGGAGUUUGCAGGGUUCAAAAUAACAGUUCAUGAUUCAUGAAUCACGAAUCAAUUUUAAUUUUUCACGAAGCAAUUUCAUAAAAAUUUAUCAAAAUCACGAAUCAAAAGUCUCUCAAAUUGAUAAAAAUAUACAAUAAUAAAUUCAGUUCUUUGUAAAUGUGAUGAAGGACCAUAUAUUUUGAAGAUAUUGUUGUUAGAUUGUACUUAAAAACGAUUAUAAUCCCAAUCAGAAUUCUAUUUCUUUGCAAAUUUUUUGCGAUGUAUACUGCAGAUUCAGGUUGAGUGUUUAAUGACGUCAUGACCGCAUGAUCGUUACAACAACUGAACGCAGUUGUUGCCAUGCAUGCAAUUAUAUGUUGCUAUGCACAAAAUUAUAUUCAGCUAGCUGUCAAAUUACAAUACAUAUGCACUCUAUAACCUUCACUUUUGCAUUUAUUUUCGAUUUCCAUUACAAAUAUUUAUAACACUUGAAAGAUUAUAUAUAUACAUAGCACUUUUAACAAAAAUACUACUGCUAAAUUCUCUAAAUUCAAAUAAACGCGGAAAAAAAUACAAUCUACAAGAACCGUUACAAUAGCAAAAAAAUGUGGCGCGUAAACGAGCACGGUCGACUUUAUGCUCAAGGAAACCCUUUAUCUCAUGACUUGAGAUUGUUGAUUAUCAAUAAAAUCAUUAAUAAUGGGGGUAAUCGUGCAACAGGCAUUUUCCAUGGAAAAUACACUGAUAUUGCUCGGCAGUUAGGGGUAUCUUCAGCUGUUGUAUCUAAUAUUUGGAAGCGCUACUGCGAAGAUGGUAGCAUUAGUCCGAAGAAAAAUACAGGUGGCACCCCAAGCCACCUUUCUCAAGGGGACCUACAAUACGUUGAAUUUCUGAAACAGCAGAAACCUACAAUUACAUACGAUGAAAUCAUGCAACAAUUGCACGAAUUUGGCGAUUUGCCGUACGGUACAACUUCAACGACAGCAUUGUCCGAGGCAGUUCGACAUCGGCUGCCUAGUGGUAAAGAGUACAGCUUUAAAAAGUUAAAUAUUGUCGCCCAAGAACGGUUUACGCUACAAAAUAUGGCAUACACACAGCUUUUCAUAGAUUACCUACAUGAGAAGGAUCCAUACACGCUAAAAUUUUUCGAUGAGUGUGGUCUCAAACUUCCUCAACACGCCUCGCGAACUUACGGACACGCUCCUAUUGGGGAACGAGCAAUUGAACUUCAACGAUACGCGGAAACGCCUAACACAACAGUCAAUCUUAUGUGUUCUUUGACAGGGGUCGAUUACGCCAACACAGUAAAUGGUAGUGCAGAUACUAUAGAUUUUCUUAGAUUUUUUGAAGAAGCCUAUCAUUCAGAAAACCCAAGAACUGCAAGACCUGUUUUAGAGCCAGGUUCAGUUAUAGUGAUGGACAACUGUGCCACCCAUCAUAACCAAGGCGGUCAAAUUCUACAAGAAUUUCUGAACGACCUGGAGAUUGAACUAGUAUACAUGCCUGCAUAUUCUCCGGACUUUAACCCUGCGGAAUAUGUGUUCGGUAAGAUGCGAACCGUCAUGAAAUACAGCUUCGGUAAUAACACUGACAUUACUGUCGCUCAGUGUAUCCAAAACAUGUACACUUCUCUGGAGUUAAUUUCCCCAAGUGACAUGAAAGGAUUUUUUGAAGUCACUGGUUACCUACAAGUUUAA